AUGCAUGUUUUCCUUCUUGCAGGUCUUAUCACCAUUAAUCUUUCUCAUCUGGUCCCGUCUUGGCAUUUCUUCCCCGAGGACCUGGACUACCACACCUGGCGUGGUCUUAUCACCAUUAAUCUUUCUCAUCUGGUCCCGUCUUGGCAUUUCUUCCCCGAGGACCUGGACUACCACACCUGGCGUGGAGAUGCACCUUCUACCCCACAGAAAAUGUGCACUGACUUCCAGAAUGUUAAUCUUCUCCAAGGCACCAAUCUCAAAGUCCAGUUUCUCCUUUUUACCCCUUUGGAUCCCAGCUGUGGGAAGCUAGUGCAGGAAAAUAGUGACAUCCAAAACUCUGGGUUCAAUGCCACUCUGGGAACCAAACUACUCAUCCAUGGAUUCAGGGCUUUAGGUACAAAGCCUUCCUGGAUUGAUAAAUUCAUUGGCACUCUUCUUCGGGCAGCAAAUGCUAAUGUGAUUGCUGUGGACUGGGUUUAUGGUUCUACAGGUGUCUACUUCUCAGCCGUGGGAAAUGUGGUUAAGCUGGGACUUGAGAUCUCCCGUUUCCUCAGAAAACUCCUGGAGCUGGGUGUGCCAGAGUCUUCAAUCCACAUCAUUGGUGUUAGCCUGGGGGCCCACGUUGGAGGCAUAGUGGGACAUCUCUACAAAGGCCAGUUAGGACGGAUCACAGGCCUGGACCCCGCUGGACCGGAGUACACCAAAGCCAGCUUGGAGGAGCGCCUGGACCCUGGAGAUGCCCUCUUCGUGGAGGCCAUUCACACAGACGCUGACAAUUUGGGUAUCCGGAUUCCUGUUGGACACGUGGACUAUUUUGUCAAUGGAGGCCAAGACCAACCUGGCUGUCCCACCUUCAUUCACGCAGGCUACAGUUACCUGAUCUGUGAUCACAUGAGGGCUGUGCACCUCUACAUCAGCGCCCUGGAGAACUCCUGUCCGUUCGUGGCCUUUCCCUGUGUUAACUACAAGGCCUUUCUUGCUGGACAAUGUCUGGAUUGUUUUAACCCUUUUCUGCUUUCCUGUCCAAGAAUUGGACUGAUGGAACAAAGCAGUGUCAAGAUAGAGCCGCUUCCCAAGGAAGUGAAAGUCUUCCUUCUGACCACUGCCCAGGCUCCAUACUGUGUGCAUCACAGCCUCGUGGAGUUUUACUUGCAGGAGCCAAGGAACAAGGAUACCCUCAUCUCCAUCACCUUCCUUAGCAGCAAUGUUACUUCCUUGGCCAAGAUCACCAUACCUAGACAGGAACUCCAGGGGAAAGGUGUCAUAGCUCAUGCUAACCCUCAGUGCCAGAUAAACCAAGUGAAACUCAAGUUUCACUCUUCCCACCGAGUUUGGAGAAAAGACCGGACUACCAUUGUUGGGAAGUUCUGCACUGCUCCUUUGCCGGUCAAUGACAACAAAAAGAUGGUCUGCUUUCCUGAGCCAGUGACCUUACAAGCAAGUGUGACUGUUUCUUUUGACCUGAAAAUAACGUGUGUAUAGUUUAAGCCUGGACAACAUACAUCUCUCUGGAUUUCGGAGGAGGUUGGGGAGCUUUGUUCAACUUAUUCUAGGCCAUUACUACUAGAAGGAUGGUGAAACUCUCAGUUUAUUUUCCCCAUCAUUAGCCACUUUAGAGGGGAGAGAUAGCUCAUCCAAUGGAGCUUUGUCUCUAUUACCAAUUUGAACAGCCUUACAAAAAUACCAUUUCAGCUUUUUAGUCAUAUAUAACUGCAGUUGCCCCAUAUCCUUGAACACCUGUAUCCAGGAUUCAGUAGAAACAUUCACGGGAAAAAUGCUUUUUUAAAAAAAAUAAUAAAACACCACGGAAUAGCUGAAUGAUUUAAUUGUUUUAUUGGAAUGGAAUUCUGUUAUGUACAAAAAUGUGAUUGUCUAUAGGUUUGGAGAAAACUGUGGAUGCUGAAUUCUCCGCAUUAACUAGCAAUUGAAAAGAAGUUCUUGGAAUAAGAGAGGGGAUGGAGGACAGGGAGGAAGAUGGAAGAUCCCUUACCAUUGCCUCCUUUGAUAUCUGGAAGGUUUUGGGGAUCAGAGAGAUAUUUUGGGGAUAGAAGUGGAUUUUCUUUGGGUCAGUGUUUCCCCAACUUUGUUGUAAGUUACCUUGCAUCAUCCAUAGUCCAGCAAGAAACAGAUGAUGUGCUCAAAUUGGGUAAUUUGCAGAGAAUUUAAUAAAAAGACUGUUGACAAAGUGUUAGUAGGAAGUGGGAAGACCACAAGGGAUAGUGUGGUUCCCUGGGGUCAGGGGUCGUGGCAGUUGCUACUGCAGGCAAGGGGAAAGAGCACCAGAAUCCUGAGACUGAGAGGGGCUGCCAGACCUUUGGACAAGGGACAUGGUCACCGGGCAGAAAUCCUGCAGGGAGGGGACUGGGGAAAUAGAUUCUCUGACCUCUCUCUUUUCUCUGCCCUCGUCUCCGGCUCCCCAAUGAAUGACUCCAACCAGAAGCCAGAAGGCAAGAGGCAUGCUGACGUGAGCCAGGGCCUAAAGCAGGACAGGGAAGGGUGGAGAAUGACUGGGGUGUGGGUGAGGAACAGAGAUAUGGCACACACCUUCACCACUCUCCACAGCCAGGUACUCCCUGGAUUCUUCCAGACUUAAUCGAUUUCUUUAACUCUUUAAAACACCAUUUUAAUCAUUUUUAAGUGUACAAUUCAGUAGUCUUAAGUACAUCCAUCCUGUUGUGCAAACCAUUAAUCACUUUCUAUCUCCAGAACUGUUUCAUCUUCCCUAACUGAAGCUCUGUCCCCAUUAGACAAUUGCUCAUUGCCUCUCCCCCCAGCCCCAGGUAAUCGCUAUUCUACUUUGUCUCUAUGAUUUCUACCCUUCUAGAAUACCACAUACAAUCAUACAGCAUUUGUCCUUUUGUACCUGGCUUAUUUCACUUCACAUCAUUGUUUUCAAGGUUCACCCAUGUUAUAGUAUGCAUCAGAAUUCCCUUCCUUUUCAAGGGUGAAUAAUAUUCCAUUGUAUUUAUAUUCCACAUUUUGUUUAUUCAUUCAUCCAUCCGUGGACACUUGUGUUACUCCACCUUUUGGCUAUUGUGAAUAAUGCUGCUGUGAACACAGGCAUGCAAAUAUCUGUUCGAGACCUUUUUUAAAAAAAAAACCUAAAUAAAUAUGCUUUGAAAGAAA